ACUUCUCAUAUGUAAUACAUACUUUUCAGGAUCAAUUUUUCGUCAAUGUAGAAGAAAGUUAGCGGUCUAAUAUAUAAUAAAUAUAUAGAAAUCUGUUUGCAUGUGUCCAUUCGCGAUAGCUUCAGCUUUCUUUAAUUAAUUUUCGAAGAAAGAAAAAAAAAUUCAUUUAUUACGUAAAUUGUGAUAUAAGGAACUUUGCACAAUACGGACGCAUUGUUAUUUUUAUCCUUAACCUGCAAGAAAUAGAGAAAAUGUGUUGGAAAAACGGAGAAAGAACAGAAUAUUAGCGGUGUCAAGGUGCGCUAUAUUCGGGAUGGUUUUGCAGAAAAUUGGCUGCAAUUUUGUUAAAGGUUUUCGACAUGUACGUGUUAGAACAAGUGAAUCCCGCGGUAGCAGAAGCUUCCAACGAUUAUAUACGGCAUUACCACGGCUCACGCCACAAGAGGUCACAAAUAUUUUGCAAGCCAAUGAAUAUACUAAAGAAUUCUCUGCUUCGGGUUCUGUAAAAUAUUAUGAUUCCAAUCAAUUAGCAUCUAAUAAUCCUAUAGAAGAUACACGAGCGGAGGCUCAAUGUUUAUUAACUAAAGGUGUAUUAUUGGGAGUUUUCGAUGGUCAUGGUGGUGGUGCCUGUGCACAAGUGAUAUCAAAAAGACUAUUUUAUUACAUAUCAGCAUGUUUGUUACCACCAAAAUUACUGCAACAAUACUUGAAUUCUGUUAAUUCUGAUAAAAAUUUAGAAUUGCUUCAAACUUUCAAUGAUAAAAUAGAAUUUGUAGCUGAGAUUAAAGAUCUUUACCAGGCAAGUUUUUUAAAUUUUGUAAAAGACUUGAUGCAAUCGGAUAACAGGAAAGAAUUUCAAAUGGAAAAGGCUUUGGAAGACGCGUUUCUUAGAUUAGAUAAUGACUUAUCGAACGAAGCUUUAUCGCAACUGAAUAGGAAAGAUGCAAGAACUCUUGCUGUUGCAAUGUCAGGUGCAGUAGCUGUUGUGGCACACAUAGAUGGUCCUCAUCUCCAUGUUGCUGGCGUUGGCGAUUCUAAAGCCGUAUUAGGAGUACUUUCAGAGAAUGAUGGAUGGUCGGCUAAAAUAAUGACGGUAGAACAUAAUGCCGAUAAUCGCGCAGAGGUAGAGAGAAUCUUGUCAGAACAUCCAUCAAACGAGAGAUCAACUGUGAUUAAAAUGGAAAGACUACUCGGACAAUUGGCGCCGCUUCGUUCGCUAGGUGAUUUUCGUUAUAAAUGGAAUAAGGAUGUUAUGGAAAAAAUUGUGCCGUUUUUCGGAAAGGCAGCGAUCCCUCCAAAUUAUCAUACACCGCCGUACCUAUCGGCCACUCCAGAUGUCAAAUAUCAUAGGUUGACGCCUAGAGACAAGUUUCUUAUAAUAGCUAGUGAUGGAUUGUGGGAACUGAUUUCACCAUUGCAAGCUGUACGCUUGGUAGGAGAACACAUGAGCGGCAAAGUUACGCUUAGUCCAUUGAGAUUACCCCGUAAAAAUAUGAAAUUGUCGGAUAUAAACGAAAUGUUGUUGCAACGUAAGGAGGGCUUGAAAAAGAAACCUCUUGAUAACAAUGCAGCGACGCAUUUACUGAGAAACGCUUUAGGUGGUACGGAAUAUGGAAUAGAUCAUGCCAAAUUGUCGCAAACAUUAACUCUGCCGAGCGAAGUAGUGCGGAUAUUUCGCGAUGAUAUUACUAUAACGGUCGUUUAUAUGGAUGCGGAAUUUCUAAGGCAUUGUCCUCCAUAAAACACGCAAAUUCUCACUACUUUUGUAUUAGUAUACAGCUUGAUAUUUAUUUUCAGUUAACAAUAAAAACAAUUUACAUGAAAACACCAUCCUGAAUAUCGGCAAUACAUAUGAAUACAUAUGUGUAUGUAACACUCAGUGUAUUACAUAAUACUCAUUUAUGCUCUAUUUUUUUUCAGUUAGUGAAUUUUCUUAAAUUAUUUGACCGCGCAAUUCGAUUCCCGCAGGCGAUCAUUAUUUGAACCGCACGAAUCAGAAUAAUCAAAUAGUACACAAGAGCAGUUAAAACCAUAAUCAAAAGUAAUAAGGAAAUAACUGCAAACAAAUCUAUAUAUAAAUCUAUAUAAAUAUAUGAUUUACGCAAUUAAAUUGUUAGGUACAUAUCAGAAUGUUUUUAUAUUGUAAAGCAUUAAACACACAAAGUUUGUCAUAUA